CACCAUCACCAUCACCUCCUCCUCCUCCUCCUCCUCCUCCUCCUUCUUCUUCUUCUACAUACGAAAUAUACAAAAUAUGUUGCGGAGGAAAUGCACGAUCGAAAACGGCAGUGUCGUGUCCGAACGCGAGGACGAUUUCUACGACGAAGGUGAUGACCAGUGGGCGCAUGUGCCUAGGAAGAUAUCGUCCGUGGACGAAAGCGCGGAUAGGAUGGGGAAGCGGAACGAUGAUAACUCCAACUAUCGGAACCCCUACAUCGAAGACUACGCUACGAGCAAUGAAGACGAGGGGAGGAAUCAGCAGGAAGAGGACGAUACAGAUGCGGAGGAGGUGCCGCAGUACCAAAGAAGACCCAGGCCUAGACCGGGGGUCAAUAUAUUGAUUGAGCACAACAAUGACAGAUCAGUAUAUUCAAACGAUUUAUAUUCCGAAACGUCCCAGAGGCAGAAGCCUCGUAGGCAUACAACCGUUAGGUUCAAGGAGCCAGAGGGGUCCGAAGAAUACCGGUACGGUGUCGAGCUCAAAGCUCACUUGAAGCGAGUCCAGACGUUGCUCGCCGAAGCCAAGAGAACGCUGCUAGUCAAGACCGAAAAUCCCAAGCAGGAAACGAAUGUUGAUAUGGAUGAAUUAUUCCGCCGAUUUUGUGAGCGAGUCAAAUGGGAAGAAGCCAAGAGGGCGGAACUAUUGGAGCGGGACAACCGGAUGAUUGUGGAAGAGGCGAAGAUGCUGCAAGAGGCCAUGCUCGCCGAACACGCGAAAGAGAAAGAAUUCGAGGCGAAGGUUCGGGCAUGCGUUGUGAAUCUUUUGGGUCCACAAUGUCUGGAGUGGUCCUCUCAAGGAGGUCCUCCUCCUUCUCGCCCUCCCCUUCCUUCACCACCUCAGCAAGCUAUUGAGCCCGUGUGUACAUGGCUACCAAAAGCCCUGAUUUGCAAGGAAGCGAUAAAAGAGCUUGGUGUGAAAUAUUACGAACGGGAUGAGUACUUUCUGGUGGAUCAACACCUGGAAACUUCUACCCAGGAGGAGCUGGUUGACCGAACCAUAGUCUUGAAAGAAUAUUCCAAGAGAUUCCAAGCUGCUUCAGUUGUUGCCGGGCCAAAUGGAACCUGGUGCAAACACAUCAAACUGCCAGGCGCCCGAUAUCCUGUGGUCAUUCCAGUCGCUAUGGGCCCCCAUGAGGAAUGGGAUGACGACGAAGACAGGCAUUACGAGUCGUCGUAUACGGCCUCGUCCAGCGACUUAUCCCAAUCAUCUUGGGAUGCGACUUCUGUUACGUCGAACACUUCCAUGGAUGUUGCGCCGAGUCCACCCGUUGCGCCGAGCCCGCCCGUUGCGCCGAGCCCGCCCGUUGCGCCGAGCCCGCCCGUUGCGCCGAGUCGGUCCGCUGAACUUAUCUGGCCGAUUCCAGCCGGUUGUGAGGACCUCAACGAUCUCGAACUUGGGUGCAGCGAAGACGGUUGUAUCGAAAAAAAAUUAGUAGCCACUAAGGAUAUACAUGAGACUUCACCAGUGGACGGAACACAUGAUAGCGCACCAACCCAUGAUGCACAUGAGAACUUGCAGACCGAAGCUUCAACACCAGUAUCCCCGAAAGACACGGUGCCGAAAGAAAACAAGGCCUUACGAGAACAUACUCACGCGAAAUCACUCGUCAAACGGAGCAAAAAGAAGGGACUUGUGAAACCGAAGAGACAUGCCCAUACUAUCAGGACUGGAGCGGAGCCAAAUCACUCCAUUGAUACAAGCUCGACAGCGAGUCCAUCUUCCAAAAUACCUACAUCGUCACCCUCAACACGAACCAGACGCAAGGCAAAGUGGAAUAAGAGAAGAGUGAGAUCGGUACCAUCUCGGAGCCCCGUGGUUAAAAACGACGCACAGGAUAUGGACUGUGAUAAUCCAUAUGCGUGGCCUCCGGGGCUUCCGCCAUUGGGCCUCGACGUUCAUUCACCUUCGCCGAAGGGAUGGAGGGAGGGAGCAAGGACGCCACAGGGAUCACAUCCACAACUAGACGAAGCACAACUAAGCCGCCUGUUCAUGCCGCCCCCUCUGUGGGCUUCGAAUCGCUUGCAACAAGUCGUGGAAAUGGCAGCAACACCAAGCGCUUCCGUCCGUGGAGAGAAGGAGGAAUUACCCACCUUUGACGUCGUAGACGCAAUUCAUCCAGAUGAAUCGCACAAACAGUCGCAGCUUGCUAAGCUCACGGAGCCUACUUCUCGGGAUUUACAGCCAAUGCUGAGUUCCCAGUUGCUUCCUGAUCUGGCCGAUGUGCAACGCUGGAUCACAAACACAAGAAUCACCUCUAGUUUCCCAGAUUCAAACUUCACCAGCCCUCCAAAUCUGUCGUCCGACCCCGCGGUACCCUCACAUAAAGCCCCAUCGGAAUUUACACAGCGGAACCUCACUGGCGACAGAUCAGAAGCACGGAGACAUAGCGCAUCGCAUGGUAAUGCACAAAUUUCAGCUCAAGAAGGUCCUCGGGCCGUACUUGAAAGAGAUUCUUCGAUCUCCCAGUGGAUUUCGGAUCAGGACCAGGACCCAAAGCUUUCCGAUGUCCAGACACGGCAGCAAUCAUCUAAUCAGCAAGCUAUCUCGCAGCAGGAAAAGGACACCACCUACGACUUUAUCGAACAGACGGAGUCUCUCGUUCAAACUCUAACCUCUGAGGUAUCACGCAUGCUAGAGAACGAAUUGCGCUCUGUCAAAGAGAGGGCCAAAAACGACAGAGAAAGAAAGCGCCGACAGCGCUCUGUGCGGAUCAUUCACCAUGUCCAUAGCCGUUCGCGUCUUCACCUCAUCCCGAAUUCUCAUUCCCCCAAUUUCGAAUACAGGGUACCAUCGCCACCGCCGCGGCCGCCGGCGCCACAUCCCUAUAUCCUUAGAAACGCUUCGUCUUCCUAUCCCUAUUUAUCAUAUGUGGAUACCCGUUAUCCCCCCGGUUAUCCCCCCGGUUAUCCCCCAGGUUAUCCCCGUGACCCCCGAACUCCGGCCGCCCCCUCGUCAAGUACCGGGGCGGAGGGAUCCGAGGGGCAGAAUGAGCAGGAAUCUACCCGAACAGCAGUCGUUGAGCAGCAAGAUCUUGUGCCGAGACAAAUUUGCAGGACUGACUCUGGAAUGACAACAUCUCUUGAGGUUAACGAAGCACCAGGGUUACGCAACCGCCGGGGCGGUGGCGUUUCUAGUGGUGUUGCUGAUGGUAAUGGGUUGGCCAAUAUAACCAGAUCGAACCCAUCGCGAGCAAGGGAACCGGUGCAAGCCGGAAAUCCGAGUUUCGGUGAUUCGGAAAGAGGUGUGGAAGCCGCAGAAGCAGGUCCGAUAUGGGUAAAGGCGUUGUCUUAUCCCACAGAGGAGUCCGUGAUGGUCGACACCCGGUCCGGUAACCAGAUACCUCCAAGGCCGUACACAAUACCGAUGCCUUUAUUGUGUCCCCCACCCCGGCCUCCUAGCCAUCUACUCGAAGAUCCCCCAUCUCAACACUCGUCACAUAAUUUGGGAGCGGAAGACCGGAGUUUUGUCCUCAUCCACGAGCUCGACGAUAGCAGUCGGCAGUACAGGGUUAGCCACCGCCAGCACCACCGAGACCGUGAAACAUUAAGUCGGCGAGAUGCUACUCGCCACGGCCACCACGGAGACGGGGAUAAAGCCAUGGUUUUAUAUCGUUCCGAACGUCGAGCGCAGUCUUCUUACAGCCCUGAGCGUCGACCACAAUCUACACCUAGCUAUAGACACCGAUCACGAACGCCAUCAUCACGCAGCAUCAGGGACACCGACUAUGAGCUUCCUGGGCCUGCCUUUGUGGCGUCUGAAUUUUCCAAUCGACCAUCGGAAACUCCUCCGCCCAUUGCACGGCAGUUACCAUUAACCAUGGUUCAUUAUCAGCCACCUCCUCUUUGCCCAAAAAUCACGAAAGCCAAAGUUGUCGAUGUGUAUCAUCAGUCGCCUUUCAAGUUUGUCCCUCGCACCAGGGAGGUAGCACCGGAUACAUUCUUCGUUUCCAUCCUCCUAUCAUCCCAAUCAUCCGGAUCCGAGUAUAAAGUAUUUCGGAUAGAGCUCGACAAGAGUGAGGUUGAUGAUCGAGCCCUAUUCCAGAAGAUAAAGUCAACGUUCCAUGAUAUCCGAGGGUGGCGACGCAGGUUUUCAUUCAAGGGAGUAACCGACAUCAAAUUUGCCCAAUACGGCCAAGAUGGACUCCCAUGGCACCAAAACGCCGACCCCCAAUUCCGCCAUUUGAUCGUCACCCCAAUAUGGCGUCCCAUCGAUUACGAAGCCUAUGCCGGAAAUCAGCUCCUGCGGUACUUCUACAGCCCCAGAAAGCUACAACCAGCAAGCCACCAGUGGAUAAACGCAUUCACCGAGUUGAACGGCGGCAAGCCAGUACCAAAGAUCCUCGAUCUUCACGGGAAAAGGAUAUCGAAGGAGGUCUACGCCCCGCCGCUUGACGAGCCCUCUGGCCAGGGAAUAAUCUUUACCGAGGGUUGGCUGCCGGAUAGGAUCAUUGCUACUGUUGGAGCGAUGGUCCUCGCUAGCUUCAUAAUCUCCUUGAUAUGGAGCUUUCUCAGGGGCCCGGAACAGGGGAUUGCCGCAGGCAGCUAUGUUCUCGCGGCUUGUUCGAGUAUUGUGGGAAUGGUGUCGCUGGUUAGUGCACUGGAUUUUAUGGGUUCUUAAGUGGGCUUGUUCUCUUCCUUAUUUCUCCCUUUUUUUCUGAACGGCGGGUGUUUCUUUGGACGUAAUUAUGUACAGGCUUAUGUAGAUACCAUGAUCAUGAACGAAUAUGAAUGAAGUUGACGAAACCUAACCACAGGAAUGUGUGAUACCCUAUGAGUAG